UUUUCAGCAACAAACGUGGCAGACGGCGUUGUUAUGUGUCUCUAGAGCGGUGCGGCGUUGAACCACUGUGAUCGUAACUUUUCUCCCCUCCAAGUUUUCACGCACACGUAUACUAAGAACAAAACGAAAACAUGUAUUCAGUGUACAUAGCGCUAAGGACGGCCGUCUUGGUGUUGUGCUUCGCCUACACCCGUGCCCUGUUCAUCACCGUAGACGCACACGCCGAAGAGUGCUUCCACGAUGAGGCCAAGUCCGGCACCAAGAUGGGUCUCACGUUCGAAGUCGCCGAAGGCGGCUUCUUGGACAUCGACGUGAAGAUCACUGGACCUGACGGCAAAGUGGUUUACUCCGGGGAGCGCGAGUCCAGUGGGAAAUACACGUUUGCAGCCUAUGCUGACGGAGUCUACCGCUACUGCUUCAGCAACGCCAUGUCCACGAUGACACCAAAGAUCGUCAUGUUCUCCAUGGACAUUGGUGAUGCCCCGACCAAAACACAGGAGGGAGAGGAAGUGCACGAAAACAAGCUGGAAGAGAUGAUCAAGGAGCUGUCUACAUCUAUGACUGCCGUGAAGCACGAGCAAGAGUACAUGAUGGUCAGGGACCGUAUCCACAGAUCUAUCAACGACAGCACCAAUUCGAGGGUUGUGAUGUGGGCCUUCUUUGAAGCCAUCGUUCUCAUUGCCAUGACCUUGGGCCAGGUCUACUACCUGAAGAGGUUCUUUGAAGUUCGAAGAGUUGUGUGAUCGGGGAAUCUGCAAAAAGGAGUGGCGCAUGUGGUGUUCGCUGGCAGGAGUUGGGGGAAAGGGGCGCGCAAGACUUAAAUCACGUGACUUCUGCAUUGCCUGUGAAAAUGAGUUCAGUGUGAUGUUUUUUUCUUUCCUCAUUAUAGUGACCCAGUUUGUUUGUUCUCUUUUUUUUAAAGUUUCUUGCCACUUUGGUCUCCAUCACAUUUCUAACUUCCGGCUCCUGUUAGAAUAAAGCAAGUAUUUUUUUUUUCCAACACAUAAGUCAUACAGUGAUCUGGACACUCAGCGGUUUGAUUAAAACAGGUUGUUUCUCUUUUGGA